CUCUGAUGUGUGUGUGUGUGUGUGUGUGUACACUUCACUGUCCGUCUAUCACCAUUGAACACAUGUACUCCACAUCACUUUUGUUUACUCUUUCACCCUCUUGGAUUGGACUGUAUACAAUUCAUGGGAUUUGUCAGAUAUUUCGGGAAAUUAAUGAGAAAGGAUGCAGAACUUGACCCAGCAUGUCCCCGUACCUCGGCCCGCUUAUUCCCAAGCCCGGGAGAACCUGGUGAAGGCGAUCCCGCCCAAACUGCUGUGUUUGCUGGGCUGCGGGGGAGUAGACUGUCGUUAUGAAGGCCCACAGUGUUGGAAAGCAAACCAGCAGGUGAUUCGAGGCGUUUUCUCCUCAUGGGUGACUGAUGACAUCAUCGCCAUGGCACGACCAUCCAAAACCUUGAUUGAGAAGUUUAACAUUAUAGAACAGUUUCAAAGAAUGAAUAUAAGAUCUAUCAUAAACAUGCAAGUACCAGGCGAACAUGCUCACUGUGGACCCCCCUUGGACCCUCGAAGUGGCUUCACAUAUUCGCCGCAGAUCUUCAUGGAGAAUGACAUUUACUUUUACAACUUUGGGAUGCCAGAUUUCGGUGUGUCCUCCCUCGUUGGCAUAAUAGAUGGAGUGAAAGUGUUGGCCUUCGCUGUGGGUGAGGGAAGGGUCGCAGUGCACUGCCACGCAGGCCUCGGCAGAACAGGUGUCCUAAUAGCCUGCUACUUAAUCUACACGGUGCGGCUCAGUCCCAGUGAAGCCGUUCAGUACGUCCGCAUCAAGCGGCCGCGCUCCAUCCAAACGCGAGCGCAGAUCAGUCAGGUGUUUGACUUUGCUCGUCUGCUCGGUACACAACUGGUCCAGUACCCAGACCUCACCUUGAGACACGGAGCCCCUGUCACCCUGCAGCACCAUCUCAACCGCCAGGCUCUACUGCUGCAUGGCCAGGAGGCACGCACCCUCAGAUACACACCCAAGCAGGUGGUGUACCUGCUGUGCGUGCGCCUCUUCUGCUUGGCUCUGGGUAUCCCUGCAGCUCCAGAUAUCAAUGCUGAGUUGGAGAAGAGGUCAGCGUUGAGGGUCUUGAGCAGGACUGUGAGGGAAACGCUCGUGUCCAAACAGUACUUGCCCUUGCUGAGGGAACAUCAUCAGAUGCCACGGAUGGGCUCGGGCUCAGUGUCCUCCUGGGAUGAGCCACUGGGAUUCUUGGAGAGGAAGAGGGAUCUGCUGCUGGACAAACGAUGCUACAGUGACUCUGACCUCAGCAAGAUGGCGGAUGUGGAGAUGAGUCCAUAUAGUGCUCCUAUAUUCGGAAAUGAGGGUUCCUGGUGUGCACAAGAUGUGAUCGGACUUGAUCUGACGCCAUUUAGCUCCAAGACUGCCCCACUUUCACCAGACUUGAUCAAAAAGAACCACCCUCAUCCAUGCAAUAUGCCACCAAGCAGCCACUCUGCCAAAAGGUCAAAGUGCACAGUUAAAAAGACUCUAUCCAAGUACAGCUCCAACAUUGAGCUGUGCAGAACGUCACAUGAUGCGGGCUCGACCUCUGCGGCUCGUGUCAUUGCCAAGGCGAUGGCGCACCAAGGUCCACCGGGAGAAGCUGUCCUGCAGCGAUCGUCUCUGCUGCAGGAGGAGCUGAACAGUAGUGAAUGUGGUUGGGCUCUCAUGGUGACUGAAUCGGAUCCUCAUGUUCUCACAUGUCUGCUGUGGACCUGGCUGGAGAAGCUAAAGGACCCUGUUCUUAGUGCUGACGAUAUAGCAAAUCUGUGUUGUGCAGGGAACGACAACAAGCCUCUUGGUGUGCUCAGGAAGUCACAGAGACACACUAUUUAUUGUCUGUUGACCUGUGUGAGCACAGUCACCCGCCUCUGUCCACACAGAGAGGAUGCGGUGUUGCAGCGGCUGAUACAAGCACUGACAAAGAAGACUCAAGAGGACAUAGGCAGCUUUGCAAGUUUAGUGAAGAUUCUGAGGUCCAACUUGAGGAAAACUUUUCACAACAGUUACCUGACAUGGGCCUGGAGGCAUAAUGCUACACUUUGAAGAGAACUAUUUGGUGGCCACUAAAUCACAGGACACAGAGAGACAAACAACCAUUCACACUCACAUUCAUACAUAUGGACAAUUAAGUCUACAAUUAACUUAACAUGCAUAUUUUGGGAAUGUGAAUACAGAACAAUAAAUCAAAAAUCCUGCUGAACAAAGUCUCUGAAUGGUAAUAAACAACAGUGCUUGAUAACAAAGAUGGCUGCCGCCAAACAAUGACUAUUUUCCGACAAGUGACAGAACAAAAAAGAAAGACUUUCAUUGACAGGCGCUGCUUUUGCCUUUGAAAGGGUACAAAUGUAAAUGAGGGAUGUACGUGAGCGAAAAAAAGGCAAAAAUAACAAUGCCAUGGUCAUCAAAUACAGAUGUUUCUGUGGUCAAAUAGAAUAUAAAUAAAUAAAUAAUAGUGUGAAAACGCAAUUUUCGUCACACCUUGUAAAGGCAAAAGGCUUGGUGAAGGAUGAAUUCAUAAAUAAAGUCCACAUUUGGUUGAAUGAAAAUAGGGUAUUGACUAAGCACUACAGCAAUUAUGUUGAUUAAUUAAUCAAUUGUCACUGUUUCGUGGUUGACUAUGGCAUAUUAUUAGGCAAACAAUAUCGAAAGACAAACUCUGACCACUACCCGUCAGUAAUGUGCCAUUGUUGACACAUGACAUUAGAUUACCGUCACAUUGCAUGAUGUCAGCCAUAGCAUCUCCGACACGAUAGAGUGAAAAGAAGUUCCCCUUGGAAUUUGUGUGGACGUGGUAAGUUUUUGCCUUCGUUGUCCUUCUUCCCCACUAAGUUAAGUGUAGAAUACAGUAAAUAAAUCGGAGGCUAACUAUUUAGCUCGCUAGCUUGCUAAUGGUUAAGCCAUGGCCAUCUCAUGUGUCCCUGCAAAGAUCCCGUACCUUGCACAUUACAGUUGAGCAAUAUAGUGUAAACAAAUAAUAGUGGGAGCAUAAAAGUGACUCUAAUAACGGUAAAGAUUGUAUUUAGAAAGUCAUAAACAGGUUUUCUUUGCUCUAAUAACGAAAAUGUUCAAUUUAUUAAUAUGGACGCUACCUCCGCCGAAAUUCACUUAUCGCGGUUAAACCAGUUUAACCACUAUAAACGAGGGAUGAAUGGAAAUGGAAAUGGAAAUGGAUGUGGAGGUGGUUGCUGUUGCGGCGUGUUUAGAUACCACCAAGCUCCCAGCCCACCACAAACAUCACCACCCAGACAAGCUAAUGCUCGCUGUAAUGCUAAGAGGCUACCAAGAAGCUGAAAGUUGUUCCAAAAGAGCAUGCUUGUCACUUGAAGUCACUUGAAUUAUUGGGUGUUUUGGAAAAGCCAUGGUACUAUGUUUAUGUAACCAAAGGUUUGAGGAUACCCGCUGAUGUCAUGGACGUUCAGUGGAAAUAAAGAAACAGUCAAGAGACCUUCACAACACACACAACACACUUCCAGUCUUCAAAAUGACAGCGCUGUGUUCCACAUCCUGUUUAAAAUAGUACUUUACAUAGACUUACCUGAUGGCUAGACUGGCUACCUCAUACGUUCAUUGUCAAGCUAAAAAAGCUGUCAACAUGUUCAGAAGAGGCCACUUAAUACCCUUUGUUCACAAAGAAGGCUCCAGGACCUUACGGGGUAUCACCUUCCUGCCUGACAGCCUGCGCUGAACAGCUGACACCCAUCUUCACUCAGAUCUUCACCAAAUCAUUAGAGCUGUGCCAAGUCCCCUGUUGCCUGAAACUCUUUCCCAUUGUCCAGGUCACCAAAAAACCCUCCAUCACAGGAGGGAAUGACUACAGACCGGUAGCCCUGACGUCUGUGGUCUUGAAAUCUUUCGAGAGACUGGUGUUGGUCCACCUGAAAGGUAUUACAGGCCCACUGCGGUGAUUGGAUCAACAGCUUCCUGACUGACAGGAGGCAGCAAGUGAGGCUGGAGAGCCAUAUCCAGCUCCUGGACCAUCAGCAUUGGCUUCCCCCAGGGGUGUAUCCUUUGCCGAAUGAAGCUGUUGACUCUCUGCCCAGUCAGAGCCAUAUAUUCUGUAACUGAUGAUUUCAUUUUUCAGUUCAUUUCAUUCCAUCCAAAAUCUCCAAAAAUCAGUGGAGUACUCACAAGAUGCCACCAAAAUCACACUGUCUCUUUAAAAAAUUUCAGAACAUGAUGUAAGAAUAUAGAACCGUGUCAUAUCCGAAUAUUACGAAAUAUAUCAUACCGUGAGCUAAAUAUCAUGUAUCUUAUCUUUUUGUGAGAUUAGCGUAUCGCUACAGCCCUGGUGUGUGGAGUAAAAUGUGUCCCAUUUCAAAGCAUUUAACUAAUGUGACUGUCAUGUCAUUUCCAGCAAGAAAACAUAUUUUUACACAGUCUGCCUCACUGCAUGCAUUUGUUAACGUUCAGUCAGGUUUGAGAACAAACAACGAGGGCGUGGAUUACAUUUCUGUGCACUGCAUCCAAAAUGUUAUGCCCGCAUUAUUUCUCUGUGAUUAAGUCUUGUCACACUGGUUUUCUUUUAUUUAAAAAAAUAAAGCAAUUCAAAAUGCAUUCACUGUAUAUGUAAAAUGUAAUAGAUUGUUACAUUGUUAAAAUGGCAUUUUUAUUUGGCAAACAUAAAACAAUGCGUAUGACUUGUAAGGACUGCGGAAUUUCAAGCCUAUGACUUCUGACCUGACUCGACCGGUCAUGGCUUGAUUUCAGACUUACUGGACAUUUGACAUUGAACACUCGAGACUUACUUGAGACUUGCAAAACACUGACUUUCUCCCAUCUCUGUCUAUCGCUGUUGUUCUGCGACCUUGGGUGCCUGUCAAUAGACAGCGCACCUGGUAGCGUGGAGCGCUAUAGAGGCACUACACUGACAUCCUUCGGUUGUUGGUUCAAAUGUGGCGCAAAUGAUCUUUUAAGAGAACACAUUACGUACUGUGAUCCGUUGUGUCACAUUCACAUGUCCUUGUUCUGUUUUUUUGCCUUCUCCUUGUGUUUCUUUUUCCUUAGAUCCCCUACUCCCGGCUGGAGGCGGAGCUGCUGGACACACCUGACUCCUAUCACCACCUGUCUAUUUAUGCCUAGUACUGCCAGCUGCAUCUGCAUCUGGGGUCCAGACACACGGCAAUGUAACACCGUUGUGCCUUUUGGCAGUCAUCCUACUGAGGACAGGCGUCUAUCCACCUUCUUACGUGGUUGGCCUUCGAUGGGUCAGUUUGUACCGUGGAAGAUUGUCGAGGCUAUGUGCUGAAACCUUAGGUUUGUACAAACCUGGAUUGAAGGUUAUUUUUAGAGAAUUUCGUGAUCAAGUCAAAGCAAACCAACAGACCAACACAUGAGCAAGCACACAGGCAACACAGGUAAGAAAUUAACCCUAAACAGAACAGUUCCGUAAAGAACAGUACUGAGAACGCCUGAAGUGAUGAGGUUCAGGUUUCUGGUUCAAAUCUGGCUCGAAGAACAUUUUACAGAAUUUGCCCUUACUCCCAUUUACAGCAGUGGUUCCCAAACUUUUUAUAGUCGCGUACCCCUUCAGACAUUUGAUUUGAAGCCAUGUACCCCCUACUGCUGCACACUUAAAAACAUAAACCAUUUUUACUUUUCAUUAAUGUGAAAUAUUAAACAUGAUUAACUGGUUAAUUAAUUUUAUAGUAAGUCAUUCUGAUUCAAAUAUUUGUAUUGUGCAUGGUCAGAUCAAAGUUUUAUAGGAGCACUGAUACGUAGAUUAGAUGUGAAUUUCUCUUGGAGAUGAAUAUCUUAUUCGUCCUACAUAUCUUUUAUUUCAGAAGGAUGUUCAGUUCCUUCCCUUUGAAUGUGUUGAACUUGCGAUCACUAUGAUUUCAAUAGGCAUAUUCAUUUGAUACCAAAUUGAAAGGGGAAGUUGAACAAACAUGAUAAAGCAGUAUCCAAAGUAAAAAACAAAACAAAAACAUACAAGCAGCAAUAAAGCCUCAUUUUCAGGGCAAUCUCCACUCGCUCAUUCUGACACACAUACAUUGACAGGUUUUCACAGUGCAGGGAUUGGAACACCAAUAUAAAUUAAACUUUCAAGAUUAAACACUCUUAAUACACAACAUAAUCAUCACAUUUACUUAUUCAUAUAACUCACACAGAGCUAAGAAGAACUUCAUGCCGUGUCUCCUUUCAUCUUUCUGCUAUGACUGCGCUCGUAAUUGUGUGUGUUAGGGGCUAAUUGUUCUUCAUUUUCAUUCAUGUACCCCCAAAGACAGUUGGCGUGCCCCUGGGGGUACGCGUACCCCACUUUGGGAACCGAGGCUUUAGAGAAUUAUUGCCUUUUAAAGCAAAGCUAGG